UUCGACUAAACAAGAACAUCUUUUGAGGUGUGAUCUGAAAAUUAGUUUACUUCGACAAUUUAUCGAACUUGUGGUUCGUCUAAUUAUACAAUGACGCCGCGUCCAGGUAGAAAACGGAAUAGAAAGAAUAAAGGCGAAAAUCUACAGAACAAAAAGUUGCACAAACAGAACGAAAACCCUGUGGUCAAGCGAAAGGAUACGGUGAAAAAGUCGUCAGACAAUGACAACCAAACUCAAAAUUCAAACGACGAAAAUAUGCAUGUACACGGUUCCAAAAAUGAUUAUUUAAGUGAGGAGUCGGACCAAACCGCCAGUAGCGACACCGAUGACACAGAUAACCAGCCCAAUUUGCGCAAUCGCAAUUUGGAGAAACUAGUCGAAGAACUUGUCAGCAAAAAAAUCCACGAACUACGAGAGAAACCAUUCGAAUGUCCUCGAAAAGGUAAAUGUGUGUGCUGCGAGCACUACAAGAAUGUGUCGAAUAACAAUCGAGGUGGAACCUCUACGAGUGGAAAAUUCGCCGGGAGUAAUUCGACAAGCACUUCAAACACGUAUCGAGGCAAUGGACGAGGUUGCUAUCGCGGCUCUUAUCGGGGUUGUUAUCGUGGUCGCGGUCGAUACGGAAAUUUUGAUGAAAAUCGUGUUGACGGUUACUUUGAUACGUACCAUUAGGUACAUGCAUUACCAAAUCACUUGAUUUUGUGAUAAAAUAUAAAGAAUAAAUGAAACUAUCAGCUAGCACA